AUGAUGCAGAAGGACGACAAGGUCAUCAUCAUGGGCGAGGAGGUCGGCCAGUACAACGGCGCCUACAAGGUCACGCGUGGUCUCCUGCAAGAGUUUGGCGAGAAGCGCGUGAUUGAUACCCCCAUCACGGAGAUGGGCUUUGCUGGCGUCGCUGUGGGUGCUGCCAUGGGUGGCAUGCGUCCCAUUUGCGAGUUUAUGACCUUCAACUUUGCCAUGCAGGCCAUUGACCACAUUGUCAACUCGGCGGCCAAGGGCAAGUACAUGUCGGCGGGCAUUCUGGAUUGCCCCAUCGUCUUCCGUGGUCCCAACGGCAUGUCCGCCGGUGUGGGUGCCCAGCACUCGCAGUGCUUUGGUGCUUGGUACAGCUCUUGCCCCGGCCUCAAGGUGGUUUCCCCUUGGUCCUCUGAGGAUUGCAAGGGUCUGAUCAAGGCUGCCAUCGCCGACCCCAACCCCGUCGUCGUGCUCGAGAACGAGCUGAUGUAUGGCAAGGAGUUUGACAUGUCUGAUGAGGCCAUGUCUUCCGACUUUAUCAUCCCCAUUGGCAAGGCCAAGAUUGAGCGCGAAGGUACUGACGUGACCCUUGUGGCACACUCCAUCGCUGUCGGUUUCGCCUUGGAGGCUGCCGAUCAGCUCAAGGCAGAGGGCAUCAGCUGCGAAGUGAUCAACCUCCGUUCCCUCCGCCCCAUGGACACUGAGGCCAUUGUCAACUCGGUCAAGAAGACCAACCGCCUGAUCACUGUUGAGGCUGGCUGGCCUCAGUCGGGCGUUGGCUCGGAAAUUUGCGCCCAGGUUAUGGAGACCGAGGCGUUUGACUACCUGGAUGCCCCUGUCCUGCGUGUGACGGGUGCGGAUAUUCCCACACCUUAUGCGAAGAACCUUGAGGAUCUGGCUUUCCCCAACGCCGGCAACGUCGUGCGCACCGUCAAGGGCAUGCUCAACAUCCAAUAA